AAUUCAGAGUUUGACAGACUGGUGGCAAUAGAAUCAGGUGAAAACACACACGCUGGAUUAACCUCUUCAUGGGAAUAUUUCUUUCAGCUUCUGUCAAUAGAAUUUGGAUUAACAAUUUCAUUAUACAUCAAGCGUUGCUCUGCUGUUAUGCUGCUUUGGGACACUGAGCCACAUUUUUUAUGGCCAAAGGUGUUGAAACUCUUAAAACGAAAGACAAGGGAGUUCUUCCUUCGGAAGAAACCUGAUUGUCAAUCAGGAGUGUGUUGAGGUGGCCGAACAGGGAUAGUCAGGAAAAUAAAGUGAGUACUAAAACACAGAAACAUGGUUGGCCUCAAGCCCACCGACCUGCCACCAACCGCCACUGUCAAGUUUUUUGGAGCUGGUACGGCAGCAUGCUUUGCUGACUUGGUGACAUUUCCCCUGGACACAGCAAAAGUGAGACUUCAGAUCCAGGGAGAAUCUAAUGCUGCGUCAGAAAAAGCAGUGGUGAAAUAUCGUGGCGUGUUUGGCACCAUAACCACUAUGGUGCGUACAGAAGGCGUAAGAAGCCUGUACAACGGCCUGGUUGCGGGACUGCAGCGACAGAUGAGCUUUGCAUCAGUUCGCAUUGGGCUUUAUGACUCAAUGAAGCAGUUUUACACCAGAGGAUCUGAAAAUGCAAGCAUUGUAUCUCGCUUGUUGGCUGGCUGUACCACUGGAGCGAUGGCUGUAGCUUUUGCACAACCUACAGAUGUUGUAAAAGUGCGUUUUCAAGCUCAAGUACGCCAGCCAGAUGGAAUAAGGAGAUACAAUGGCACGAUGGACGCGUACCGAACUAUUGCCCGUGAUGAGGGUAUUCGGGGGCUUUGGAAGGGGUGCAUGCCAAACAUUACAAGAAAUGCAAUCGUGAACUGCACAGAGCUGGUGACAUAUGACAUCAUCAAGGAACUCAUUUUGAAGUACAAUCUCAUGACAGAUAACUUGCCCUGCCACUUCACCGCUGCCUUCAGUGCUGGUUUCUGCACCACGAUUGUGGCGUCUCCUGUAGAUGUCGUAAAAACCCGCUUCAUGAACUCAACUACAGGCCAGUACAGCAGUGCACUUAACUGUGCACUCACUAUGAUUACAAAAGAAGGACCAACUUCUUUUUAUAAGGGCUUCAUGCCCUCCUUCCUUCGGCUGGGAUCUUGGAACAUUGUGAUGUUUGUGUCUUAUGAACAAAUCAAGAGAUCUCUGACUAGAAUGCAGCACUCAUGGGAAGCUCCAUUCUGAAGUCAAACAAGCAAGGACAAGAUUUUUUGUUGUCAGUACCUUUUGAUUAAAGCAUUGAAUGUCAAAUCCUCUGAAAUGAGAACAGAGGGUUCCCUGGGUCACCAGGUUAAGUCUUAUUGCUGAAAUUAGCUGCGGUAGUUACAUAUCACUACUUUACUUUUAAAGGCCAAAGAUCAAGCUCAUCACACAAGAGAAAUGAGUUGACAAACAGUUAUGACAUAUGGUGGGCAUAACAAAAUACGCGUUUUGUCUUAGCUUCUGUGUUUUAGGGCACUGAGAGUGUUUACAUUCAUGAGGAUCGCCGCUGUUUGUCUAGUUUAGACUUCUCUGCACAAUAUUUGAACUUUUUAUUACAGCAUACCACUGUCUCCUCAGGAUGAAUCCCUUAUGUUGUGUUCCUUAUUUGGAAGUCACUUAAGUUAAGUUAAUACAAAUAAUGUAAAUAACUUGUUAUUGUUUAUUCCAAAAUCUAAAGAAAACUGGGUCCAUUGCUAAAAUGAAUGUCUACAUUCGUAUUGUAAAUAAAUGUACAUUGUUGACAAAUAAAGCUUUUUAUGAUUUG